AUGAAGAAUAUUACCUUUCUCGUCACCAUGACUACCUUUCUAGCCAUCUUGUCUACCACUACAGCUUCAUGGGGUUCGUGGCAACCGAUCAAGAACUUGAACGACGAGCACAUCAAGGAGAUUGCUGGAUUCGCCGUGCAGGCUUACGACGAACAGGCUUCCGGCCGCCGUCCACCGCUGAAACUCUUGAAGGUGGAGAGCGGCCAAUUUGAAGGUGUGGCCGGCGGCAAGGACUACCUGCUCACAUUGACGGCGGUUGUGCCCAGAGAAGGCAGCAGAGUAAAUCUAUAUGAGACAAUUGUUUACGAGAAUGUUAGUAAUCAAAAGAAACUAUUAUCUUUCAAGAAGUUGCUCUAA